GUCCUCUGUAUUCCCAGGACUGUCCAGAGGAGAAGGUCCCAGAGAAUCCUCAGAUGACAAAUCAGGGGGAAGAUCUGACUGAUAUUAAAGUGGAGGAUGAAGAAGAGAGGAUAAUGGGUGAUCCCCCGUGUAAGACUGAGGUGGAGGAGGACAUUCCAGGAGAUGUCACCACAGAGAGUUCCAGUAAAAAUAUUAAGAGCAAAGCUAUAUUAUCACUAAAUUAUAAAGAAGAAGAUAAAGAUCUCCUGCAGCUCUCCUCAGGAGAAAACCUUAUUACACUUAAUGUACACCCAGGACUUCACAGUACAGAUCUAUUAUAUAAUCCCCCUCAUCAUGAGGAACCUUCUCCUGACAAAUUACAGAUUGUUACCACAAAUACAGGUCAGAAAGGGGAUAAAAGGUUUCAAGGUGGUAAAGAGUGUACAGAACAAUCAAGACUUUCUACACACAGAAGAAUUCAGACAGCAGAGCAGGAAUGUGGGAAAUGCUUUACAAGUAAAACAGAUCUUGCUAAACAUAAGACAAUUCACACAGGAGAGAAGCCAUAUUCAUGUUCACGGUGUGGGAAAUGUUUUAUAGAAAAAAUCAGUCUUAUUAGACAUGAAAGAAUUCAUACAGGAGAGAAGCCAUAUUCAUGUUCAGAGUGUGGGAAAUGUUUUACUGAUAAAUCCAGUCUUGUAACACAUGAGAGAAGUCACACAGGAGAGAAGCCUUAUCAAUGUUCAGAAUGUGGGAACUGUUUUACACAGAAAUCAAGUCUUGUUACACAUCAAAGAUGUCACACAGGAGAGAAGCCAUAUUCAUGUUCAGAAUGUGGGAAAUGUUUUAGACAGAAAUCAAGUCUUGUUUCACAUCAGAGAUGUCACACAGGAGAGAAGCCAUAUUCAUGUUCAGAAUGUGGGAAAUGUUUUAGACAGAAAUCGGAUCUUGCUAAACAUAAGAGAAGUCACACAGGAGAGAAGCCAUAUUCAUGUACAGAAUGUGGGAAAUGCUUUAGACAGAAAUCGGAUCUUGCUAAACAUGAGAGAAGUCACACAGGAGAGAAGCCAUAUUCAUGUUCAGAAUGUGGGAAAUGUUUUACAGAAUAUUCACAUCUUGCUAAACAUAGGAUAAUUCACACAGGAGCGAAGCCAUAUUCAUGUUCAGAAUGUGGGAAAUGUUUUACACGAAAAUCAAAUUUGGUUAUGCAUGAGAGAAUUCACACAAAAGAGAAGCCAUAUUCAUGUUCAGAGUGUGGGAAAUGUUUUAGACAGAAAUCAAGUCUUGUUUCACAUCAGAUAUGUCACAUAGGAGAGAAGCCAUAUUCAUGUUCACAAUGUGGGAAAUGUUUUACAGAAUAUUCACAUCUUGCUAAACAUAGGAUAAUUCACACAAGAGCGAAGCCAUAUUCAUGUUCAGAAUGUGGGAAAUGUUUUACACGAAAAUCAAAUCUGGUUAUGCAUGAGAGAAUUCACACAAAAGAGAAGCCAUAUUCGUGUUCAGAAUGUGGGAAAUAUUUCACACAGAAAUCAAGUCUUGUUAAACAUCAAAAAUUGCACACAGUAGAGAAACCAUAUUCAUGUUCACAAUGUGGGAAAUCCUUUAGCCAGGAAUCAAGUCUUGUUAGACAUAAGAAAAUUCACACAGGAGAUAAACCGUAUUCAUGUUCAGAAUGUGGGAAAUGUUUUACGGAUAAAUCAAGUCUUGUUAAACAUGAGAGAAGUCACACAGGAGAGAAACCAUAUCCAUGUUCAGAAUGUGGAAAAUGCUUUAUAGAUAAAUCACGUCUUGUUCAACAUAUGAGAAUUCACACUGGAGAAAAGCCAUAUUCAUGUUCAGAAUGUGGGAAAUGUUUUAAACAAAGAUCACAACUUGUUUACCAUGAAAAACGUCAUACAGGAGAGAAGCCAUAUUCUUGUUCAGAAUGUGGGAAAGCUUUUCUACAGAAAUCACAUCUAGUUAGACAUGAGAGAAUUCACACAGGAGAGAAGCCAUAUUCAUGUUUAGAAUGUGGGAAAUGUUAUACAGAUAAAUCACAUCUUGUUUUACAUCAGAGGCUUCACACAGGAGAAAAGCUAUAUUCAUGUUCAGAAUGUGGAAAAUGUUUUGCACAAAAAUCAGAACUUGCUUCCCAUAAAAGACGUCACACAGGAGAGAAGCCAUAUUCAUGUUCAGAAUGUGGGAAAUGUUUUGUAGAUAAAUCAAAUCUUGUUACACAUGAGAGACUUCACACAAGAGAGAAGCCAUAUUCAUGUUUAGAAUGUGGGAAAGACUUUGCAAAUAAAUCAAAUCUUGUUGCACAUGAGAGAAUUCACACAGGAGAGAAACUACAUUCCUGUUUAGAAUGUGAGAAAUGUUUUUCAGAUAAAUCAAGUCUUGUUAAACAUGAGAGAAUUCACACAGGAGAGAAGCCAUACUCAUGUUCAGAGUGUGGGAAAUGUUUUAAACAAAAAUCAGAACUUGUUUCCCAUGAGAGAAUUCACACAGGGGAGAAACCAUAUUCAUGUACAGAAUGUGGUAAAUGUUUUGCAGAAAAAUCACAUCUUGUUUCACAUAAGAGAAUUCACACAGGGGAGAAACCAUAUUCAUGUUUCGAAUGUGGGAAAUGCUUUAGUCAUAAAUCAAGUCUUGUUAAACAUGAGCGAAUUCACACAGGAGAGAAGCCAUAUUCAUGUUCAGAAUGUGAGAAAUGUUUUACAGAUAAAUCAAGUCUUGUUAAACAUGAGAGAAUUCACACAGGAGAGACGCCAUAUGCAUGCUUAGAAUGUGGGAAAUGUUUUAAACAAAAAUCAGAACUUGUUUCCCAUGAGAUAUGUCACACAGGAGAGAAGCCGUAUUCAUGUUCAGAAUGUGGGAAAUGUUUUGCAGAUAAAUCAGGUUUUGUUAAACAUGAGAGAAUUCACACAGGCCAUAUCCAUGUUCAGAAUGUGAGAAAUUUUUUACUACUAAAGCCAAACUUAAGAAGCAUCAGGCAAGUCACAAAGGAGAGAAGCAGUUUUGAUGUUUGGUAAGGAAUUUAAAUGAUAAAACUCAUUGGAUCAGAAGAAACUAUAUUUUUUGGAAUAACAAUGAAUUUUAACCUAGUUAUUCACAGACUGAUAAAUUACUGACUACAGCAAGUCUUAAAAUAGUUGCUCAACUUGCUGUCAUUUAGCUACUUUUAGAGCUGAGAUCUGGCUACUUUAGGAUAGGUCAUCAAUGGGGCUGGAGUGGACUUCCGGUGGCACUCGUGGGCUAGCGUUAGCAUGGAUCUGGCAGGCUGUUCCCCUGCUAACGUUAAUCUAAUAGUAGCCUUAAAUAUACAAAAUACUAAUAAUUUAGCAACAUCAAUAUCCUAUCGGCGGGGGUCCGACACCCGCAGCUCGCCGAUCAGCUGUAUGAUGGGAAGGCGCACACAGUGCGCAACUGCCGUCUCCUGUCUCUCUUUCUGUCCGGUGCUAUGUGUAUUGUGAGCAGGAAGAGAGACAGGAGACGGCACUUGCGCACUGUGCCCGCUUUCCCAUGAUACAGCUGAUCAGUGAGCUGUGGGUGUCGGACCCCCGCCGAUAGGAUAUUGAUGUCAUUAAAUUAUUAGUAUUUUGUAUAUCUAAGGCUACUUUUGCCGAAGCGUUAGCAGGGUCCGGCAGGCUGUUCCAGCAGGGGAACAGCCUGCCAGAUCCGUGCUAACGCUAGCCCAUUAGUGCC